AGAAUUACGGUGACGCCCCUCGAACCGUGUGCGGACUAUUCAAAUAAAAAGUCAGAGAUAUGAUAAGAUAACAUUGCUUUUUAACCAGGUAACCGCCGGAGGCUAGUCUCAUUUUAAGUUAAACAGCUUGAUCGAAUAACCCCUUAACAGAAUGCCAACUUACAGAUGGGUAUCACGCCACGUCGGCGAAGGAGUACCCCAUAAUGCGGUGCAAGGAGGGCGCGAUAUCGAUGGAUCGACUAUCUACGUUGGUCGUGCUUAUCACAAUGGAGAUGUUAUACCAGCCAAAGUUAUUCCUGAAAAACAAGCAGCAUAUGUCAGCCACGGUGGUGAAGAACAUUCCAAGUCACAAUUCGAGGUUCUCGUUCAAAGUGAAUUCUCCUGGGAAUUCGCCAGCAACGGUGUCAUCCCACCGGAUGCAGUUGUAGGUGGACAAACAACCGAAGGUGAACCCCUGUACGUCGGUCGUGUACUCCAUAAUGGUGCACAGACUAUUGGAAAAGUACAGGCGAGUCAUGGAUGUCUCUAUAUUCCGUUCGAUGGAGAAGAGCUGUCUUUCAGAGAUUAUGAGGUUCUCGUUAACCACUGAGAAAAUUUUCCAAUCUCUAAUAAUAUCAAUUGCCAUUCAUUUACAUAUUUUUUAAAUAAUAAAAAUAAUAAUACUUUUUAGAGCGUA